AUGUUAUUUCGCGAACGUUUCGUCUUAAACCUUGCACCGCUUAAAAAAACUAUUACACCAAAUCAUAAAAUAUAUCUUCAUAAUUUUAUAACUUUGAAUACUUAUAAAAGAUAUCCAUCGUUAUUUGUGCAGAAUUUAAGGUUUUAUGCUGGUAAAUCGGGUGGUAUAUGGACUAAUCCGGGGCAGAGUGCGUCACCGAAAAAUCUUUCACUCGAAGAAUUCGGCUACGACCUGACUAAACUUGCAGCGGAAGGAAAGCUUGAUCCUGUGAUCGGACGUGAGGAAGAAAUCAGGCGCACUAUACAAGCUGGUGUUGGAAAAACGGCAAUUGCUGAGGGAUUGGCUCAAAGAAUUGUUAAAGGCGAAGUCCCCGAAAGUAUUAAAGAUAAAAAGGUGAUAGCUUUAGACCUAGGAUCACUUAUUGCAGGUUCAAAGUAUAGAGGAGAAUUUGAAGAACGACUCAAGACCGUAUUACGUGAAGUUCAAGAAGCCGAAGGAAAGCUUAUUUUGUUCAUUGACGAAUUGCAUAAUUUGCUUGGAUUGGGAAGGUCAGAAGGAUCAAUAGAUGCUGGAAAUUUGCUUAAACCUGCUUUGGCCAAAGGUAUAUUAAGAUGCUGUGGUGCUACAACGAUCGAUGAAUAUCGUAAAUAUAUUGAAAAGGAUCCUGCGUUGGCCAGGAGAUUUCAAUCAGUGAUGAUCGUAGAACCGAAUGUCGAAGAAACAAUAACUAUUUUACGAGGUCUUAAAGAAAAAUAUGAAAUACAUCACGGGGUUCGGAUUUCGGACUCCGCACUUGUUGCUGCUGCUACGUAUUCUCAUCGAUAUAUUACGGAUAGGUUUCUUCCGGACAAAGCUAUAGAUCUUGUUGAUGAAGCAUGCUCAAAGCUUCGUUUACAGCAAGAAAGCAAACCUGAAGCAAUUGACAACCUUGAUAGACAAAUAAUAACUCUACGAAUUGAAUUAGAAUCAUUGAGGAAGGAAACAGACUUUGCUUCUCAGGAACGUCGAACGAAAUUGCAGAAAGAUUUAGAUCAGAAGCAAAAAGAGUUAGAUAGACUCAGCAUGAUUUGGCAGGAAGAGCGAGCUAAACUUAAAGAAAUUAAAAACACUAAGUCACAAUUGGAGCAAGCUAAAAUUGAGUUAGAAUCAGCCCAAAGGCAAGGUAAUUUUACUCGAGCAAGCGAACUUCGCUACGGAAUUAUCCCAGAAUUAGAGAAAAAGCUUCCUCAUGAUGUUGAGGAAGAAGGACCAGAAUCACUUAUCCAUGAAAGAGUCAUUUCAGAUGAUAUUGGUGUCAUUGUUUCUCGGAUGACUGGCAUUCCAAUUCAUAACUUACUUCGAAGUGAAAGGGAUAAAUUAUUACAUAUGGAAGAAAAUCUUUCGCGACGCGUUGUAGGACAAGAUGAGGCUAUUCGAGCUGUAUCAGAAGCUGUCAGACUGAGUCGUGCUGGAUUGCAAAGUCCAUCGCGACCAAUUGCUUCAUUUUUGUUCCUCGGCCCUACAGGGGUAGGAAAGACCGAGCUUUGUAAAGCUAUCGCAGAGUUUUUGUUUGAUACAGAAUCAUCUAUCAUUCGUGUAGAUAUGAGUGAAUAUAUGGAGAAGUUUGCGGUGUCCCGUUUGGUUGGUGCACCACCUGGUUAUGUUGGAUAUGAAGAAGGAGGGGAGCUUACAGAAGCAGUUCGACGUAAGCCGUUUUCAGUCGUUCUCUUAGAUGAAAUGGAAAAGGCUCAUAGAGACGUAUCCAACUUGUUAUUACAGAUCUUGGAUGAUGGGCACGUCACUGACUCGCAAGGUCGAAAGAUUGAUUUUCGUAAUACAAUCAUAAUCAUGACAAGUAAUCUUGGUGCUGAUAUCUUAGUCGCAUCAGAUAUUGCAGAAGAGGGUAAAGUAAGCGAUUUGACAAAAGUCGCAGUGCUUGAUGUCGUGAGAAGACAUUUUGCGCCAGAAUUCGUUAAUCGUAUCGAUGAAAUGAUCGUCUUCAAUCGUCUAUCUCGUAUGGCACUUCGAGAUAUAGUGGAUAUUCGCCUUCGAGAGGUUCAACAACGAUUGGAAAACAGACAUGUCACUGUUGAUGUUGAUGAACAUGCUAAAGCAUGGUUAGCGGAUAAAGGCUAUGACCCAGCUUAUGGCUCUAGACCACUAAAUCGAUUGGUUCAAAAGAAGAUCCUUAAUCCAUUGUCAAUGUGCUUAAUAGAGGGAUCUAUAAUGGAUCAUGAAAUUGCUCGUAUUCGCAUGGUAAAAACAAGUAGUGGUGAAGAAGAUUUAAUUGUAGAAAAGAAUCAUGAAGUCUUGGAAGCUAAAACAAAAAGUGAAUAUUAG